CAUUACUUUCGCAAUGCCGCUAAGGUUCAACGAGGCACUCGAAAUGCUUGUCGAUGAUCUACAGCUACAGCUACAGCUACAGCAAUUUAGUUACGUGGACGAUGCAGACGAAAUAUCCGAGAAGAUAAAUCAGGAGUUUACCAAUAUUAAUUCCAUUUUCAAGGGUACAAUCACUAACUUGGACAAGACAUAUUUCAUCAACGAUAAUCCUAUUCCGAAAAUGAGUUGUUGUAAUCUUUUUCUUAAGAUGCCAUUUAAGGUAGAGCCACAGGAAGUGCACAUUCCCGGUUCUGAUGUUCGCAAUGUCUUCAAUUUAAAGACAUCUGUACAUCAUCCUGCAGUUCGUAAUGGACAUGUGAUCGGUGAUUUGCUAGUCAACCUUUUCCGUUCGGACUUUAACAGAGUUAUUGAGCGGAUUUCUAAGGUCGCUUGUAAAAGUGGAAAAUCUUACAAGCUCUGUUACGAUAUGGCCACAGAUAAUGAAAAUACAAUACAGAUAUUUACAAUUGAAGUUUAUGAAGCUAAGCAUGAUAACAUAAGGAUUGGUUAUGCUUUCUGUCCAGUGUUUAGUUUCUCUGACGAUUCUGUCAGAUAUGUCACAAACAACAAUUUGUUCUUUCGUGAAAAGGAUUCUGAGCAAUUAAAAAAAAGGCUAACCAAAUGCAGAAUAGUGCAUUUUUUGUUGGUGCAAUUAAAGAUAUGUAAAUAUAUUCCAUCGUUCAUAAAUAUUGAUCAUAUAUUUGGACUGACCUUCUUGUCUCCAGGAAGUAAUGCCGGUGAUAUUUUGAUUGAGUUUAUAGGUAUGACCAUUCCAAUAACAAAUAAUCCAGGACCCUUGAUAUCUGUUUAUGGCAAAUUGUUGCAGUUUAAGCAAUCAGACUCUGUUGAAAUGCCAGAGCUAAAGGGACUUUUUGGAUUUAAUUAAUAUUAAUGGCACAAUUGGACGAUAAGGAAGCGAACAUUAAUAUGUUAUUCGUUACAAAAGGAAUACAGGAUGACAAAAAAAUAACGGUCCUAUCUUUUUUAUACUAAUGAUCGUAUGAUAAUGAUAAUAAUCUAUAAAUAAAGUAUUGCAUGCAUAUGCA